GUCACAAGUAAUCAUUUCAAAUCAAGCUGAUAUAACGAAUACUCACAUGAAUUCAUUAUCAAUACUCAAUUUAGAAAGCUGUCUACCGGUGCACCGACACAAAUUCGAUCACCCCUUCUGAUGCCAACUGGCACACAAAGCACCUCCACCCGAUGGCAGACAAGUAGGGGGUCGAUGUCAUAUGAUGUCAGCGCGUUGCAAACACAUUAUCUAUACAGAGACACACCGAAGAAAAUUCAGUAUUACCACACAACCGCUUCCUCAGUAUCAGAUGCAAGCCUGCCCUGCAGAGAAAGCCCGACUUGCAUCUCUGCAUUUGUGGAUUUCCCGCCGCGCUAGGCGAGCAGCAAAAAAAACCCCCUUCAAAACAUCACAUCCACUUUGCAGUUCAUCGCCCUUGCACCAGCUAAGGCUGUGCAUACAGGUGAUCGCAAACCAACCCUCAGCAGAGCUGAGCACCUGGUUUCAUCUGCAGUCUUGUCUGAUGAGGAACAUGCUAAACCAGCACUGCCCACAUGAUUCGAGGAGUUUCACAAGUACAAAUAAGUGCAGGCUGAGAGAAGAACACACAUAUAAAAGAUGUGCUACUGCCCUGUCAUGGCGCUGAAAAGAUGCGGUUUGAGAAAAAAAUCUAGGCUGAGACAACAAGAAAACCACAACCACCGUCAC